GGUAUCGGAAAUGCACCAAGAUCGUGGGAGAUCUUUCCGGUGUCCGAGUCGUGUACCUCAACAGACACGACCGUGACGCUCACACUCGUUGAACGUCGUCGUCGAUGGCAACAACUACAGAUAAUGCAGCUCAACUUAUAUUUGCGCCAAAUGUUUUGCACAACCAAGCAUUAACAUCUGUCAAAUUUCUAUCCUCUUGCUUUGCUGGUGCAGUCGCAGGAAUCCUCGGACUAGAGAACUGGCUGGGAUUCGCGCUCUUUAUAGCUUCCAUUGUUUCCACCUCAUUUAUCAUAUGCUAUAAACUGCAGAGGGAAACCUACGAAGUACCUGCCUGGUGGACUUGGGGAGCUGGUGAAUCCUGGUCAAGACAACAUCUUUACCUUUUCUUGUAUGGACAUUGUUUUACGGAAUCAUACAUGGUACGAAUCCUCGGACAGACGGAUCGGUGACCUUUAUCCACAAGUGGAGCUCGCUAGUCAUCGGCGACCUGGAUGUCUUCUCAGGAGCGCUAUUGUAGUUUGCAUACAUUUGCAGACACACGAAGGUCGCGCACGAUUAAUAUCCACAGAUGUCCUUGGCAUAAUUUAAUAUUUCACUCGAUAACCUAGAAUAAGAGCCAUUUGCCCAUCGCAGAGGCCCUGAGGCAA